AUGCCGAAGGGAGGAGCUUCAUCUCUAACCCCAGUGUACGCUGGUCUUCGCGAAGAUCUUGAUUCUUUUCUGAAGGCGUACUUACAAGUGGAGUCGAUGAGGUUCUCCGACUAUAAGAAACUAUUUGAGCAUCAAGGAAUGAUUUAUCUUCUCAAUGGCAGAGAUAAUAGUGCCGAAAUCAUAGAGUUCAACGAAUGUUUGCUGGUACAUUGCCUACCAUACAUGGAAGAGUUUGUCUGUUCAGAUGUACCGCGGAGUUUGAAGGAGCGUCUAUUCGGUCUUUAUUCAUUGUACACAUUCUUCUAUGUCCAACCAGAAUGCCACGUCGUCAAAGUUCGAAUGGACCCGGAUACGUCGCGCAAUUUCAGAAGACUUGCAGAACUUCUUCUCAGAGAACGAAUUCUCGAUGCUUAUAUGAUUUGUUUGAAAUUGUUGGAAGACAAGGCGAUCAGACAUGUUGCUUUUAUUACCAUCCACGAUCCAGCACACUUCAAGAGAUUCAACACGGACGAUAAAGUAGCUAGAGUGAAAGUUCUGACAAAUUUAAAUGAUCCAAUGAGCAACAUCAAAGCACUGAUUGAGUCGGACACAUUCCAAAAACUAGGAUUAGUUCAUUCCAAGUACAUAAAUCUGAAGAAGCGCAUCGGGUUCACCGGCGGUCAGGUGACUGAUAUUGGCGAGAACGUGAGAGAGUCUAUGGAGCAACGUUUUGGUGAAAUGUCGAAUAAUUACUGUGGAGUGGAUGAAAUAAUAAGUACUGAUCACUCAUCUGAACAGUUUGCUUCCCGCGGAAUGCUUCGUUCUUCAACUAAGGAACAAGCCUAUUCAGCCGAGCUCAAACUCACUCGUUUCAGAAGACACCGCACAACUGCUCCACUUCAAAUUUCAACUGAUAGUUUUGAUUUCAAUCAAAAGACAUUGGAAGAAGAUGUCAAGGACAUCAAAAACAUUGAAAAAGUUGAAGAAUAUAUUCCGUCGGAGCCAGUUCAUCGUAUGAAGAGGAAAAUCAAAAACAGUCCAGUGCAUGAAUCUAAGGUGGCUGAAGAGCCUAGUUCCCCUGAACAGAGGGUGACGAAAAGGAAACUCAGGAGUCAGAAUAAUACAUCUGAUAAAUCGAAUACUGAUAUCUCCUCUCAUAUUUCGUCUGGUCAAUUAAGUGAAGCCGAAUAUUUCGAAGAUACACUUCUUACUACAAAAGAGGAAAGAGUUGGCUUGAAUUCAAUAGAGGCAAAAGUGAAGAAGGAGCCCGAAGUCCGGGAGUACCGGAGAACUCUUCGUUCAUCCGGAAAACUAGUUACGCUAGAUAUUACCCAAAAUGGUUCUCCAGCUGGAACAGAUGAGUGUAUCGAAAGCUCCAAUUCACCAAUUCCGAAGCCUAUAAUUAAAUCAACUAAGGAUGUCAAGUUGAAGUCAAAUCGGAAAGUAGUCUUCCGCGAAAACCAGGAAGGACAACUCCACACUAUAAUACACGAAAUAUCUCGCGAAUCAUCAUACGAGACUGUUCCAGAAGUAGAGAAAAAAGUGAAAUAUGAAACGAAACCAACAGCUUCGCUUCAAAAGGGUUCUCCAACACGAACAUCAAAUCAGCAAGAAACCGCCUUCGAUGAUACUGAUAUGUUUCAGCCACUCUAUAGAGAUGAUUUGGAUGAUGAUGAUGAUGAUGAUGAUGGUAUCAACGAUGAUCUCUCGGAUAUUCUUCUUUCAGACGACGAUCUUAUGAUUAUCGACGACGUAAUGUAA